AUGCCUACAAACGGCGACAUCGGUCGAGCAUCGCCGGCCGCGUCAGGCUCUGGAAGCUUCAUCGAUGCAUCGGGAUUCAAGUUCUCCGAGAAGGAUACCAAGCCGGGCAAGAUCAAGCUGAAGAAGGCAGGGAAACUAGGGAAAAAGAAGGACAACAAAGAACCACCCAAUUCACCUGGCUCAUCGCCGAUCCUGCCGGAGAUCGAUGAGAAGACGAUGUCUGUUUUCCCCACGGGGAAGCCGCGCGAAGAGGACCACAUCGAGACUGUAGUUUGCAAGACUUGCAAGAGGCCGGUCCUCAAGCAGAAUGCUGCAGAGCAUAUCAGGGGAUGUAUAAGGGCGAAGCAGGAGAAGGCGCGGAAGAAGAAGGAGGCUCGGGAUGCGGCUAAUAGAGCCAAGGCCGGAGAGAAAGAUGGCGAUGAGGAUGGCGCGGGUGGCGAUAAGGGUGACGGAGAUGAUACGGUGAAGGCUCAGAAAAGCGCAAAGAAGAGUGCCGUCAAGGGCAUGGCGGAAGAUGGGACGAAGAAAGGCAAGAAGCGCAAGGCGGAGGGUGAUGAUGAUAACAAGGACAAGGAGCCGAAGAAGAAAAAGAAGAAGGAAGAACAGAAACCAAAGGCGCCGAAGCCGAAGGGUCCUGUUGAUGUUGAGAAGCAAUGUGGUGUUCCUCUGCCGAAUGGUGCUCAGUGUGCCCGGUCGUUAACUUGCAAGAGUCAUUCCAUGGGUGCAAAGCGUGCCGUGCCUGGACGGUCUUUGCCGUAUGACAUGUUACUCCAAGCAUAUCAAAAGAAGAACCAGGCUCGUCAACAGAAGGCGGCUAUCGACGCAAACGCACCACUCCAAGACGACUUGGAAAACAAUGGUCCUGUCGACUCAGACGAAGAGAAAGACGCUGUCAUGGCAGCAAUUUCGCGCUCUCAACCGCAACCGCUGGUCAGCCACACUUUGAUAUCUACCAAGAAGAAGUAUCAGUAUGUACGAAUCAAGGAAAUGCUUUCACAUGCGCUGGGUGGUGCCCGCGGUGGUGGGCUCUUUUCAACUGGCGACCAAGUCAACAGUCCAAUUGAGGGGAAUCUCUUCCAGCCGAUGGACGAUAUCGACAUAGCGGAUGCUCCGGGCGAUAUUGACUUGGAUAAUGCCAACCUCACCGCGUCAGAUGUUGCGAGGAAAACUCCGGUAGUGGCGGGCUCAUAG